AUGUCAGCGCCCUCACCCCUCCCAACCUACCUCUACAAGAUCCUGCCUUCUGCCCCGCCAUCACCCCUCCCCACGCGUCUUCCACUCUCAGAUCUCGACCGCAAUGACGGCUACAUCCACCUCUCGACGUCGGAGCAAGUACCUGGCACCGCCGACAAGUUCUUCAGCGACGUCUCGGAAUUGUGGCUGCUGAAGAUCAAGUACGAGGUGCUGGUUGCGGGCACAAACGGCGACGGACAGGUUCAUGCGGACAAGAAGGCCGAGCUUAAAUGGGAAGAGGUCGGACGAGGUUGCUUUGCACAUUUUUAUGGGGCAGACCUGGGCAAUGGAAACGUAGAAAGUGCGCACAAGGUUGAGAAGAAGGGCAGCUGGGUUGACAGCUUGAACCUGGAAUGGUGA